AUGCUUUUCCGGGCAUCUAGCGAUCCUCUAUAUACACUCUUUCUAGCUGGUACCGCUAUAGCAUUUGUGCUAAUGCUAUCUUCGUCUCUUACAGCACUGAAAACACGCAGCAUCCCUAUCGUACCCAAGAUUUGGUCGACGAUCAGGUGUCGUAUUAAAGCCUGGGUAUUUCUCUUUAAUGGUCGUAAAAUGAUGUCUGACGCAUAUAAAGAGUCUCAGGGGGCUCCAUUUCAUAUCGAUGUCCCCGAGAAUCGAUACUGGGUUGUUUCAUCACGGGACCAUAUCAAGGAAAUGGACGCAGCUCCUCAGUCCGUCUUAUCGUUACUAGGAGCAGCAAAAGACCUUCUUCAACCCAAGUAUACUAUGAAGGGCUUUAACUGGAUGGAAGAUAAACAGGGGACCGAAGGGGCAACCUUGAUCAGAACGCUCCGCAAUGACCUUACUGGACACCUCCCUGAGUUUUUGCCAGAGAUCCGACUAUUAAUAUCAGCUCUCAUCGAUCAACACUUUGAGUCGAUUCCAUUGACAAACGGUACAAAAACUUUCACGAUAUUCCCCCUAGUCUGCAGAGCUAUUGCCCAUUCAAACGCCUUCAUUUUCUUCGGCAAAGAGUUGUCGCAAAACCCCGAGUUCAUUAAAGCCGGUAUCUCUAUGGUUGAAGACACCCUCAUCCUCUCUGAUAUAGUCCGCCUUCUACCAGAAACUAUCGCCGAUCCAGUGGGUAAGUUCUUAGCCAGCUGGCUGAACUCUGGUGAUAUUGUAUACAAUACUUUAGAGCCCAUGGUAGCUCAAAGAUUCGAAGAGCGAGACCGGGCAAAACUAGGAUAUGAUAUACCGGAGCAUAAAGAUUGUGUCCAAUGGAUCAUGGAUAAUUCCCCUAAAACAAAGCCGUGGACUGUGCAACGAGUUGUUCACGAACUUGUCGCCUUGUGGUACGGAUCUGUCCAUAUAACUUCCGUGACCGCCUGUCUUGCCCUUUUCGACCUUUGUAAUCAAGAGGAUUAUGCCCAGCCAUUGCGGGACGAAAUCAAAAACACAGGAUGGGAAUCUUUCGAUAAGUCUGGCGGCAGACUUUUUCCUCUUAUGGACAGCUUCAUAAAGGAGUCGGCCCGACUGAAUCCAGUUGAAUGCAUGAGCAUCCGGCGGAAGGCCUUGAAACCAUUUCAUUUUCAAGACGGCACAAGAGUAGAAGCUGGUCAAUGGAUCUGUUCUCCCCUCGCAGCAAUGAACUUGGAUCCGAAGUAUCAUGCCCGUCCCGAUGAAUUUCACGGCUUCCGGUUUGUCCAACCUAAUAUUCUUGAGGCAUCUCUGUCUGGGAUCCCGCCACACAACUUCAAGAUACCUGAAGGUCAAAAUCCAUCACAAUUUACCGACAUGUCGGAUUUGCCCAUGUGGGGGGCCGGGAAGAUGACAUGCGGAGGGAGGUUCUAUGCUUCAUCAGUCAUUAAAACAUUGUUAGGGUUGUUCCUUACGAAAUGGGACAUGCAACUGGAGAGACCUAAUGCCAAACAGUACUUUGCCUGGAGAAGUUGGACUUACCCAUAUGCGAAUACUAAGGGUAUUGUGCGGACCAUCGGUAAAUGAUUAUUUUAGGAAGUUCCCAAGGGUGUUUCGUCUUUUGCUGUUAAGGUCAUUUAAACAGGGGAUUUGUAGCAAGUGCUUAUCAUCCCAUCUGUUGUCACUACGAAGGGCCAUCACGUCGAAAUCUCUUUGCCUUACGGAAUACAUCCAGCUUUGGAAAAGCGGUCUCGUUCGGGUUAACGAUAAUAAUUGCGUAUGAGUGGCUAGG